AUGACAUCGCGAUCGAUACCCGCCCUCCGCCGGGCAUUGCUCUACAUCCCCGCCUCCUCCUCGAAGAUGGUGGCCAAAUCUCUCACCCUCGCCAGCGACAACCUGACCUACGACCUAGAAGACUCAGUAACCCCUUCCAUGAAAGUAUCCGCCCGUGAAGCUUUAAGAGACCACCUCACAGCGCUCCCGAACAAGCAGCACCACGCAGGCGAGAUCGCCGUGCGUAUCAACGCCGUCUCCACCCCGCACGCGGUAGACGAUCUUAAAGCCGUCGCCUCCCUGCCGAGCGUCGACACCAUCGUCGUGCCCAAGGUAAACAGCGCAUCAGACCUCUUGCUGGUUGAAGACGUUAUCCGUCAGAUUCGCGGCCAGGACACACGGCCGCUCAACCUCCUCGCGCUGAUCGAGUCCGCCAAGGCCGUCAUGGACCUGCGCUCCAUCUGCGCCGCCUCGUCCCACCUUAAGGGCCUAAUCUUCGCGGCCGAGGACUUCGCCCUGGACCUGUCGCUCGAGCGCACUCCGGGCCUGUCCGAGUUCCUGUACGCUCGCAGCGCCAUAGUAACCGCGGCGCGCGCGUUUGAGUUGGAGAGUACCAUCGACCUUGUUUGCACCUCCUUCCGGGGGUCUGAAGGCCAGCAGCGUCUAGAGAACGAAUGUCUGAAUGGGAGAGGCUUGGGGUUCAGUGGGAAGCAGUGCAUUCACCCGUCUCAAAUACCAAUCGUCCAGCGCAUUUUCUCGCCAAGCCGAAAGGAAGUUGAAUGGGCGGCCCGCGUAGUGGUCGCUGACGAGAAAGCUUCGGCUGUUGGACGAGGCGCUUGGACGUUGGACGGAAAGAUGAUUGAUGCUCCUGUGGUCGGAAAAGCCCAUGCGACGCUUGGGAGAGCGGAAAGAUGCGGUUGCGAUGUUGAUGCCAUCAAGAAGGAGUGGAAAGAUGAGAACCCCGAGUAA